AUGAAAGUUUUUUGCUUUACGAAGUUUUUGUAUAUUUUGAUAAUAUACAUAAUAUAUUAUAUUGAUUUUAAUAAUAUAAUAUUAAUUGAGUGUGCAAUAUGGGAAGGAAUAAGUAAAGAGGAAACAAGGAAUGUAAAGCAUUUAACGCAUGAAGUGGAAUUACAGAUAUAUAGCCAGCAUACUCAGAAUUGUAUGGCUUUAUUUUGUAAUGAGAAAGAGAGUAAAUGUAAGAAUGUUUAUAAAGAAUUUGUAAAAGCUUCGAAUGAAUUAAUAGAUAAUGAUGUAGUAUUUGUUUAUGUUGAUACGAUUAGUUUAGCAAAAACAGCUGAUAAUUUUGAAAUAAAAACUAUACCAAAAAUUUUAACAUUUAAAGAUUUUGAUCCUGAAAAAGGAUAUACAUUUAAUAGAAAAUAUACAAAAGAAAAUAUAUUAGAAUGGUUUAAAUUAUUACCUGAACCUUCAAUAGAAGUAAUGGAAAAAAAUAAUGUGGAGAAAUAUGUAGACAUGCAUAAAAAAAAAGGUUAUGCAAGUAUUAUUGCAUUUUGUAUAAGAGGAUCUGAAAAUGCUAAUAAAUUUGUACAUUUUGGUGAAACACAGAAAUUAGCAAAUUUAGCUGUUGGUUUAAUAUAUGUUGAAAAUGAAGAAGAUAUAAAAAUUGAAAUUUUUAAUGGACCUGGAUCUACUAUGCCUAAAGAAAAUUUUAAAUAUAAAGAUACAUAUGUUCCUUCUAAUGGUAUAUGGACAUCUGAUAGUAUAUAUCAAUUUGCUGAAAAUUAUAUGAAACAAUUUCCUGUUAUUAUUAAUUAUCAUAGAAAAACAUUACCACCUAUUAAUGGGGAUAUUUAUUUUUACAUAUUUAAUCGUUUUGGUGAAUAUUCUGAUUCAUUAUAUGUAGAUCUCUACGAUUUAAUAAAGAAGCACAAUCAGAUCAAGUUUGUUUUUCCAAGAAAAGAUGAAGUUUUAGAACACUUUAAUAUAGAAAACAAUAUGAGUCUUAUCAGCAUUAUGGAUUAUAAUAAUGCAUCUUUUGUUACUCUGACUCAAAUGCUAAGACCUAAAAAAUAUGCCAAAAUAAUGGAUGAAAAUAUAACUGUAUCACAUGUAGAAAGCUUCCUAGAUGAAUAUUUAAAUAAGAAUCUUGUUGUUUAUAGAAAAUCAGAGAAACCAGUUAAAAGAAGAGAAAAACAAAAAUAUCAAAUUUUAUGUUCUAAUGAUUUUGAGUCAUAUGUUAUGGAUCCUGAAAAAAUUGUUCUUAUAUUUUAUCAUGUUCAUGGUUGUAAAGAAUGUAAACCAUUAUUUAAUUUUUGGGAUACUGUAGCCAAUUAUUUCCAUCUUGAAAAUAAAUAUAAAGAUGUCUUAGUUGCAACUAUGGAUGCUAAAUUUAAUGAUAUGAUUGACGAAUCGGUGGAUUACUAUCCCAGUUUAGUAGUAUACCCAAAAGGUGAGAAUAAAUUAAAAAGGAAACAUAUUUUACUUUUCCCCAUGAAGCUUGACACCCUGAUUGAUGUUGUCGAUGAAUACCUUGAAGCUGAAGACCAAGAUUUAUAA